AUGCCAUAUCACUGCGGUAUGUGCAAUCAGUCUUUCAACACGCGAGGCGAGCUUGACCAGCAUGCAGCCGAUCAUGCUGACAACACUCCUGCAACUUUGACCUGCCCAUGGUGCCCGUGGUCUUUCCCCGACUCUCUGGCUCUAGAACAGCAUCAGAUCGUCUCUGGGCAUCAGUCUGCGCAGUUUGCGUGCGACACAUGUGGCGAUACCAUGGUUUCGCAGCAAGGCCUCAACAAACAUCUGAAUCAAUCUACAGGGUGCCAGAAGGCCUCCAGUAUACUUCCAGCAGCCCAGGCAUCGAAUGGGGCAUCCCACGAACCGACCUUGACGUCGACCACGGCCAUCACCUGCGAUAGGUGCCCGAGAACCUUCAGGACCCAGCGAGAGUACAACGCUCAUCGUAAAUUCCCGGAUGGCGACUGUGCCGACCACAAGAAGCGAACGCCGCCUAGGAACAAGAAGCGAUCGGGGCCAGCAGGCUGCGUUGACCUGGUUCAACCUCACCAAACGGUGAACGGCGCCUUGGGGUAUCAUGAUGCUUCAGACACGCCGGAUGACCUGAGCGAAGACAAUGAAUAUUGCCAUGAAUGCAAAACCGCCUUUAAAAGCAAAGCUGGCUACAACGCGCAUGCCUUGCGAUGUACCUCUCAGACGAUGUCGAACGGAAGGCCCUCGAGUAGCCCGAAGAUAUCCCAGGUAGCCGCACAGUACGAUGAUGGCCUACAGCCUACCCUAACACCGGUACGAAAGCAAAGUCUGGAUGCGAAAUUACCGGCAGCGCCCGCUAUUCCCUCCUUCCGCUGCAUCGUUCAAGAGUGCGGGAAGGCUUUCAGAUCGGAGCCCGGGCUCAAAGCUCAUCAGGCUGACGUCCACGGCUUGGGAGGCAAAGCACUGGAUCUUCAAGGCAGCCAGUCUUUCAUGAUGAAUCAGCGCGUACGCGAGCAGCUGAAAGUGAAAGGCCUACUUCGAGAUUCUCCUCGCGCUCCUAUCCCGCCUCCUAGACCAUUCCCUGCGCCAACCCCCGCACAAAUUCCAAUUCCAAUGCCGACCGGUAUGAGUAUGGGUGGUGAAGAUGAUAUAAAGCAGGCCAAGUACAUCCAGGGUAAGAUUGGGCGACUCCGUAUUCAGUCCGACAUCUUCAUCCACAACAACGGAAAGAUGACCGUCUGUGGUAUCGACUGGACUCGUAUCGCUGUCUCCAACCAGAACAAUGCUAUUACCUCGUUGGACGGCAUGUGCAGCCUCCCUAAGAGCGUGCAGGGCGAAGAAUAUCUCCUUCCACCGACAGCCUUCAAGGACGAAUACAAAGUGGCUUACCCGGUUACCGACUUCAAACAUUCCCCCGACCGCGAUUCUUCGAAGCCCGGUCUCGGUGUCAUCGCCCUGUCAUGCGGCAAGAUCCUGCUCGCUGAUGGCCGUCAGGAAGUCGUCAAAAUCGCGGCAGUCGAUCUAGUCACCAGCCGCAUUCUCAUGAACCACCUGGUCUGCACUGAUCCGUACGCAAAAGUCGCGAACUGGCGCUCUUCGGUGACUGGGCUAUCCGGCUGGGAUGAUAUGGAGGGAGCGCGAAAGGCCGGUUACAAGAUCUUCAAGGGUUGGUCUAGCGCUCGUUCCGCACUGUGGAAGUUCGUGGACAAAGAGACUAUCGUUGUCGGGCACAACUUGCGGUCCGACCUUGAUGUGCUGCGCAUGAUUCAUGGUCGCGCUGUCGAUAUCGCCAUUGUGGUUGAGAAGGCUGCUAAAGGUCCGCUGUCGAAGCCGCAGUUGAGUCUGGAUAGUAUCUGUCGCACUUACCUGAGCCGGCAACUGGUUAUCGACCCACAGUACGGCCGCGACUUUCUUAUGAACGCAUUCGCCGCGCGCGAAUUCGGCCUGUGGGCUAUCAAGAAUCCGGAGAUCCUCGCGAAGGAUGCGAAACAGAAAAGCUUGGACUACCAGCGGGUUAUCCAAAAGCCAGUUACUACUGCUUGA